UGAUUUUUUUCCGCUAUAAAUUGCCGGCUUGCUUUAGGGAUCAGCAUCAGUUUCAGCGUCUAGCUCGUCCAGCACAGUCGUAGUUGUAGCUAUCAAUUCCAAAAUGAAAUUCCUCAUUGUGUUCGCUCUGUUCGCCUUCGCGGCCGCCGAUGUCAGCCACCUGAGCAAGUACCUGCCCCCAGCCCAGAGCUACAGGCAGCCAAGCAACGAGUAUCUGCCCCCCGUGCAGCAGUCGUACUCGGCUCCAUCGGUCAGCUACUCUGCCCCGGCUGUCCAGCAGACCUACUCCGCUCCUGCCGUCCAGACCAGCUACGCUGCUCCCGCUGUCCAGACUAGCUACUCCGCUCCUGCCGUCCAGACCAGCUACUCUGCCCCAGCUGUCCAGUCUUACUCUGCCCCAGCUGUCCAGUCUUACUCUGCUCCAGCUGUCCAGUCUUACUCUGCUCCAGCUGUCCAGUCUUACUCUGCCCCAGCUGUCCAGUCUUACUCCGCUCCUGCCGUCCAGUCUUACACUGCUCCCUCGGUGAGCUACAGCGCACCCAGCAACGAGUAUCUGCCUCCCGUUCAGCAGUCGUACUCUGCCCCAUCUGUUCAGCAGACUUACUCUGCCCCAGCUGUCCAGCAGACUUACUCCGCACCAGCUGCCACCUACUCGGCUCCAUCGGUCAGCUACUCCGCUCCCGCUGUCCAGCAGACCUACUCUGCCCCAGCUGCCACCUACUCCGCCCCAGCUGUCCAGCAGUCGUACUCGGCUCCAUCGGUCAGCUACUCGGCCCCAGCUGUCCAGCAGAGCUACUCCACAGCGUCGUCGUCGUCGGGCAGCUACUCGUCCGGUGCUGAUGUCGGCACUCAGUAUGCCUCCAACGGUGGCUAUGUCUACAGGAAGAAGUAAGAGCUAGAGCGUGCUGCAAACUGUUCACACAACUCUAAUCUAAUCUAAUCAAAAAUACAAAAUGCAAUGAGCAUUUCACAUUGUUCAUUUGCAUCACAUAUUCUAUUCAUUUAAUACCUUUUUUUUUUGGUUUUGUGUACCCGAUAAUUAAACAUAAAAUGCAACAAAUUCAAAAUGACUUUUAUUACACUCUACUGUAAAUUCAAUUUUGCAAUUUGCAAUUUUACAAUUUAUGUAUUUGUGACCGUUACAAAACACAGUUUGAAAUUUAAACUUUGACUUAAGCUGCGAAAUCUCAAAUCAAAUCAUGUUGGAUAAAGCUUUCGCAAAGCUUUUCGCAUGAUGUCGCAGGUGCCACUCUUCGCUGAGCUGCCGUCCGAGCUUUGCAAGCCAGCAUUAGCUUUUAUGCGUAGCUUCGCUAAAAAAGCUUUUCAGCAUUGGCUAUGCUACAAAUCAACAGCUUUUGCAAAUAGACAUAUCUACGUACAUAUGUCUAUAUAAUUAUUAGGUUGCCAAAUUC